AUGGACAGAAUCAGUGGAUUAUCCGAUGAAUUGCUGGUCAAAAUACUCUCCUCACUCCCCACAAAAGCUUCUGUAUCCACUAGCGUUUUAUCCAAGCGAUGGGAGUUUCUCUGGAUGCACGUGGCCAAACUCGAGUUCGUGAACAAUCAUUACAACCCAGGCCCAGCAAUUCAAGAUUUCAUCAACAAAAACCUACCACUCCUCAGAGCCUCCACCAUAGAAAUCUUCCGCCUUGAAUCCAAUCAUUACAAUCUUUGUUCAUUUCAAGCGCAAGAUGUUACUCGGUGGCUUGCAAGCACGCUGCUCCAUGAUUCUCCUAAACUAAAAGUUCUCAAUCUCAAAGUCUCUUCUAGUGGACGUUUUAAGAAGUACGAGCCAGUUAACUGGAACGAUGGACAGAUCUCUGUGCCUAGCUGUUUGUUGGAGAGCCUUGAGACUUUGGAGUUUGCAGAGUACAGGGGAAGUCAAGAAGAGAGAGACUUUGUGAGUUUUAUCGUAAAGAAUGCUUGUCGGUUGAAGUCUUCCACGAUCAAGCCUUGUACCUAUAUUGAAACCUUUUCCUCUUCGGAGAGUAACGAUGAUUAA